UCCAUGUCAGGACAGAUGUUCAGAAAGCAAACGAGAAUAAACCGGAUUAUGUUAUUCGACAGGCAGAGGAAAGGGGCCAUAGCAGAUAGCGGAUUUAAGCAAUGAAUGAUCUCACACGAGCAGACCUUUCUCUGAGGGGAUAUUGCCGAGCACAGCUGUAAGGUGGAGUGGCGAACUGCUGAAUAUCAACAUGUAUAAAGGCGCCCUGUCCAGAUGUUAUUCACUGACCAGAACAUGGAUCUCUGUACCCACAAACAGGAACCGGUCAGUGGAGUGUUGCAUGAGGCAGUACAGAGGUCUGAGCAGUGGGACACUUGACAGGAGAACAUACAGCACAGGUGUGUCGUCACUACCCCAGCAGGCGAGGGUGGUGGUGUGUGGCGGAGGCGUGGUGGGGUCCUCCGUCGUGUAUCACCUGGCGGAGCGGGGUGUGACGGACGUGGUGUUGCUGGAACAGGGAAGACUGACAUGUGGAACAACGUGGCACUCUGCGGGUCUGAUCGGCUGUGUUCGGUCCAGUCUGACGGAAAUGAAGCUGAUGAACUACAGCAGGAAUCUGUACAGGAGGCUGGAGGAAGAGGGACACGGCCUGGGGUGGAAACAGUGUGGCAGUAUUUUACUGGCUCGGACCAAAGACCGAAUGACAGACCUGAGGCGGAAACAAGCCAUCAGCAGAUAUGGUGGUGUGGAAUCCCACAUUGUGAGUCCGUCAGAGAUCGCCGACAUCAACCCUCUUGUACGCCAUGAUGACUUAGUGGGAGGCUUGUGGAUUCCAGAAGAUGGCGUCACAACCGCCCCAGAUGUUGCCAUGGUGCUGAGUAGACUGGCAAAAGAGAAAGGAGUGAAGGUGAUGGAGGGUGUGCAACUUGACAGAAUUCUCACCAAAAAUGACCGAGUCUAUGCUGUGAAAACUUCCCUUGGUACAAUCAACUGUGAAUACUUCGUGAACUGUGGGGGACAGUGGGCUCAUGAGAUUGGCAAGAAGUCAUCCCCGGAAGUGAAAGUUCCCUUACACUCCUGUGAACACUUCUACAUUGUCACCAAGCCUAUUGAAGGCGUCCCAAGCAACAUGCCAGUUAUUCGAGACUUUGACGGCUACACCACUUUCCGGGAAUGGAAUGGUGGUAUUAUGGUUGGGGGAUUCGAGCCGGUGGGCAAGCCAGUGUUCACGCAUGGUAUUCCAGAUAAGUUUGAGUUCCAAUCGCUGCCAGAAGAUUGGGACCACUUCCAGGUUCUAAUGGAUGAGACCCUGGUACGAAUGCCUUGCAUUGAGACGGCGGAAGUGAGGCAGCUCUUUAACGGCCCGGAGAGUUUCACACCCGACUCCAACUGGAUCCUUGGAGAAUCGGCCGAGGUGGCCAACUACUUCGUGGCAGCAGGAAUGAACUCCCGGGGUAUUGUUGGAGCUGGCGCUAUUGGCAAGUACCUGACGGAGUGGAUCUUGGAUGGGGAGCCAAGCGUUGACAUGUGGGCACACGAUGUCCGACGCUUUGCUGGUCUCCAUAACAACAGGCGCUUCCUGCGAGAUCGAGUCAAGGAGGUCCUAGGUGCCCAGUUUACCCUCAACUACCCCCGACAGUCCGAGUUUAAGACAGGUCGGCAACUGCGGACAUCCCCCCUCCACACGCGGCUGGAAGUUGCUGGGGGGUACUUCGGGGAAACCAUGGCCUACGAGAGAGCUGUGUGGUUUGACAAACUCGGACAAGAUGAGGAUGUUGACUCCGACACCAUCAGUCACCGCGGAACGUUUGGAAAGCCGACAUGUUUCGACAGCGUCCAGGAUGAGUACUGGGCGUGCAAGGAGAGGGUCUGUCUCAUCGACAUGUCCUCAUUCACCAAGUUUGUCAUCAAGUCUGCAGGUAGAGAGGCAGUGGACUUCUUGCAGUAUCUGUGUUCCAACGACAUCGACCAGGACAUCGGCAACAUCGUCCACACUGGGAUGCAGAAUGAGCGGGGAGGCUUCGAGAACGAUUGCAGUAUAGUCCGGCUGGAGGAAAACAGUUUCUUUAUGAUCUGCCCAUCCAAACAACAGACCCGGGCGUUGGCAUGGUUACGUCGCCACCUGCCACCAGAUGGCUCUGUGCAGGUGGAGGAUGUGACGUCAAUGUACUCCGGGAUCAACAUGAUUGGUCCUCACGCCCAGCAUCUCCUGGCCGAUGUGUCUGACACGCCCACGGACAAAAACGAGUUCAAAGCGAUGACUGGAAAAGUUAUCGACGUCGGCUACGCCAGCGGAAUCAUCGCCAUGAGACUGACACAUUCUGGGGAGGAUGGAUUUAUCCUCUACAUCCCCUCUGAUUACGCCAUCCACACCUACGACACACUGAUGCAAUCUGGGAUUCAUUACGGAGUGAGGAAUGCUGGGUACUACGCCAUGCGACACCUACGCAUGGAGAAGUUCUUCGUUUACUGGGGCCUGGACCUGAAUGCCCUGACAACCCCCAUGGAGUGUGGCCGGGAGUUCCGUGUAAAGCUGGAGAAAGGCGAUUUCAUUGGCCGAGAGGCCCUCAAGGAACAGAAGGAGAACGGCAUCAAGAAGAAGUUUGUACAGUUCCUGCUGGACGACUUUGACGUGAACCGUGACCUGUGGCCAUGGGGUGGUGAGCCCGUGUACCGCAAUGGGGUGUUCGCGGGGGUCACCACCACAUGCGGAUACGGCUUCACGCUGGACCGGAUGGUGUGUCUCGGAUACGUCAGCGACUUUGACGACGGCGGCAAUCCCAAACUGAAGAAAAACAUGAACAAAUUCGUGAUGGAGAAAGACGCACACUAUCAAAUUGACAUUGGUGGGAAGCGGUACUCUGCUAAGGCUGGUAUAUACACCCCCAAGUUGGCCAUGUCCACGGUAGAACCUUCCUCUAUUCCUGUGCCAGAAUGACCUGUUUUACCUCAGAGUCAACUCGCGUCACGAGAAGCUCCAGACCUUGUACAAGGUCAAGACAGCCAUUGACAGGCUGCCAUGUACCAGAUAACCAGAAACAUGAUCUCAUUGCUUCAGGCGUCCCAAGGGUUGAAUAUACACUGUAUUUCUCUUCGUUUAUUUCCCCAUAUGAAGUUUGACAUGAACAUAUCGUGUGUGUAAUGGGAAAAUGGGAAAUGCACAAAAUAUUAACUUUUAUAUAAUUUCAGAGUUGCUGACGACACGUACACGUAAUAAAACAUAUAAUAAAUGUAGAGAAAUAUUUCACAAAAGGGAUGUAUUCAUUGACAUUCUUGAUAAUGGACAACAAUAAAAAUUACAAAACAUUCUGGUCAGAACUGAAUUUUCACCGUCGGAAGUCGUGUUACACAGUGGAAAUACUAAUUCAAAACCGUGUAACCAAAUAUCCGUGAUGUUGGGACUGAUGUUGGGACUGAUGUUGGGACUACCGGUGACCUUCUUGUAUAUCGCAGACAUGUCACUGACGACCAUGCUUCUGUUGCUGGUUGCGAUAUUUUACUUAACCAUGAUAUAAUGAUUAAUGAGAUUGUAGGUGCUAUUAAAGCACUAAAGGGUGGAAAAGUGCCAGGCACAAUAUUUGGUUUUGAUUUCUCUUUGUCUCCCCUUGUGUGCCUUCAAGGUCUUGAUUGAUAUCAUGACAACGUGUUUCUAGUGUCUGGAUAUUUACAAUAAAAUAUGACCACGUUCCAA